GUCAUUUUGCCCUGAAAGCUUGGGGAACAGGGUGCUGUGGGCCUGGCAGCUCAGCGUCCAGAAGCAGCCAGGAAUGGAAAGGAAACCUGUGUGUUGAGCAUCCUGAAGGGUGUGUGUGGUGUGUGUGUGUGUGUGGAAGAGCCCACAACUCCAGUUGACAUGGCUGUCUUGCUGUGCUGCCCCACGUGGUGCCCUGCAGUCCCCACUCUGGCCCGCUCGAGAUGUCUCUGGAAGGCCAAGCGGUUGCAUGCCCAUCUUUGGGGUGGGCUCAGGUUGCAGGCCCUCCCCUCGCCGCCCGGCUACUAAAGAUAGCCGGGGCCUCUCCCUGCGUCCAGCGGUGAGAGCUCCUGCCUGCAAGACAAGCAGCUGCCUGCCUGCCUGCCUGAUUGACGGAGAGGCAGCCUGUGCCCCGGGGGCCGGCCAGCCCGUUCAGGAGGGAGCCAGCCCCACUCUUGCCAGAGACGGGACCUGGCGCUGCUGGGGGUGGCGGUGGCGGUAGGGAGAUGGCUCUGUUGUGCUACAACAAAGGCUGCGGACAGAGGUUUGACCCGGAGAAGAACGCCCCAGAUGCCUGCCUCCAUCAUCCGGGCUUCCCCAUCUUCCACGAUGCCUUGAAGGGCUGGUCUUGCUGUAAGAAACGGACCACGGACUUCUCAGAGUUCCUCUCCAUCAAGGGCUGCACAAAAGGGUACCACAGCCACGAGAAGCCUCCGGAGCCCGAGGGAGUGGUGGCAGAGGCCGGCGCCAAGAGGAACACCGAGGUGGUUGUCCAGGGACCGAAGUCAGCCGAGAGGAUGGAGAGAGAAAGGCCCAGUUCCGAUGAGCCCAAACAGCUCCUGCCCAUGAAGGUGUCCCAAACUCUGGAGCAAGCCCUGGGCAGACUGGACGUCUCCCCUCAGGAGCAGCUUCCGGACCAGGCGUCUGCAGGCACCGGGGCUGCCCCGGAAGUGAGCAUUGGCACCACUUGCAAGAACUCUGGAUGCAAAGUGGUCUACCAGGGUGAAAAGAGCAAUCUGGAGACCUGCACCUUCCACCCAGGAGCUCCUGUUUUCCACGAGGGCAUGAAAUACUGGAGCUGCUGUGGCAUCAAAACCACGGACUUCACUGUGUUCCUGGAGCAGAAGGGCUGCAGUCGUGGGAAACACCUCUGGCUGAAGAAGCAGGAUAAGAAGCUGGUUUCCUGUCGGCAGGACUGGCAUCAGACCAGCAGCCAGGUGGUGGUGACCGUCUAUGCCAAAAAGUGCCAGCCGGAGUCCAGCUUUGUGAAGGCCAACCACACAGUGCUGGACGUUCACAUCGUCUUUGAAGGGGACAAGGUCUUCCAUGCCGAGCUUGACCUUUGGGGAGUCAUCAACGUGGAGAAGAGCUUCGUGAACGUGCUGCCUUCCAAGGUGGAGAUCACCCUGGGAAAGAGCAGCCUCGUCACCUGGGCCCGGCUGGAGCACCCACAGAGCCGAGAUUGAGAAGCCCUGCGCCGGCAGCAGCAGCAGGAGGAGGAGGAGGAGAGGGAAGCCUCGGGAGCCCAGGACGUCCUCGAGGGAACCCCAGAGGAGGAGUUUGAUGACGACGACGACAGCUUGAGCUGGUCAGAGGAGGAUGAAGAGUGGGAGGAACCAGCAGCAGGGCAGGGGAGGCCAAGCUCCAGCCACCUCCUGCCAGGGAACUGAGCAGCACCUGGGUAGGUGACCCGAGGCUCAGGAGGAGGAAGGACACAGGGGGCAGGUGGGGCUGAUGCCACUUCUCCGCUUUCCAGAGAGGCAGACGUGCGAAGCCUGUCGCCUCAACCGGAGGUUUGUGGCAUCUCAAAGACCGCAGCAGGAGUGUACCUAUGAUGGAGGCUUCCCUGGAGUGCGGCCCCCAUGAUCACCUGCAUCCGAAGAAGUAGGCUGCUAUCCGUAGACACUUAUGCCCAAUGAAAUCAUUCGUCUCUCUCUGAUGCGUCAGGCGUCUGCUUUAUUUCUGCGUUUGAUCAGUACUUCCUACCAGCUUCUGCUUCUGACCUCUGACUGCG